AUGGCCGACAAUCCCAUCCUGGUCGAUGCCAUCCAAGCUCAGGAAUGGGCCUCAUCUCUACUACAGCACGCCGGCGUCUCUUCCGAACAUGCGAAGAUUGUGGCAGAUAGCUUUGUCCUGGCAGACCUCCGUGGCGUUGACACUCAUGGCUUGAGCCGACUUUCGAUAUACAUCGCCCGUGUUCAAGCAGGAUCCAUCAACCCCAACCCAGAACUCAAGAUCUUGCAGAAGACACCUGUCAUGGCGAGCAUCGACGCCCAGGACACAUUUGGUUUCGUGGCAGCCCAUGUUGCGACGAACCAGUGCAUGAAAAUGGCAGAGACGUUUGGUGUGGGCAUCACUGCCGUCAAAAACAGCGGUCAUAUCGGCAUGGCAGCAACAUACGCAAUACAGGCAAUGGAACAUGGCUACGCCGCUAUCCUGUUUUCCAACUCCAGCCCAGCCAUAGCACCAUGGGGUAGCAAGGAGCCGCUUUGGGGUACGAAUCCACUUGCAGUCGGUUUCCCGGGAGGAGCGAAAGGCGACUUUCUGCUUGACAUAGCCGCAAGACGUGGUGAGAGCAUUCCGGAGGGGUGGAUGCUCGAUGGACAAGGUCACCCCACCACCGACGCCGCAGAGGCGCUGAAAGAUGGCACGGUAUUGCCAAUCGGCGGUGCGAAAGGAUCCGGGCUGGCAGCAGUGGUCGACAUCUUCGCUGGCCUACUGACAGGCGCGGCAUUCGCUGGAUCAAUUCUCAAUCAACGAGAACACCUUUCAAAGAGAUCAGGCCAAGGCCAGUGGAUCAUGGUCUUCAAGCCUGACGUACUUCUCGACUCGAAGGAGGAGUAUCUCGAGCGCAUGGAUACUCUUCUGGAGCGAGUACGCUCCUGUGAUUUGGCUCCUGGGUUUGCUGAAGUGCUCACUCCGGGAGAGAAUUCCGCAAAGAUACAAGAGGAGAGGAAGAGGUCAGGGAUUCCUUAUAAGAAGGCAGAUGUCGAUUCUUUGAACGAGUUGGCUGUAAAGAUAGGGUAUAAUGUCAAGUUUGCGUAG